AUGGUUAAAGAGAAACCCAAUUCCACCCGAACUUACGACGAGGAAGGGUUCCGACGAAGAGCCGCGUGUCUUUGCGUCCGCGACAAGGAUGAGAAAGAGAUAUUGCUGGUGACCAGUAGUAGAGCUGGCGAUCGUUGGAUUGUUCCCGGCGGAGGUCUUGAGCCCAAUGAGGACCCGAGCGCUGCCGCUAUCCGUGAGACCAUCGAAGAGGCGGGCGUUAAAGGAGUGCUCAGACGAUGUUUAGGCACUUUUGAGAAUUUAGAGAGAAAACACAGGACUUCGGUCUUCAUAAUGCAAGUGACUGAAGAACUCGAGGAAUGGGAAGACUCGCAAAGUCGAAAGAGGAAUUGGUUUGCAAUAGAAGAGGCGUUGAAGCUGUUGGCGAUCCAUAAACCCGUUCAGACAACUUAUGUCAAACUCCUCGUCAAGAAUGACAGCCUCUUGUCGUCGUCGUAGCGCUUCACUCAUUCUCUGACAAGAAUUAUAGAUUUUAAACAACUUUUUUCUCUAAAAUUUUAACUCUAAAUGUUUUUUAUGAUAAGAGAUUUGUUAUUCAGAGAUUUUCAUAGCAUCUGUUGCUGUUAUCGAUGAAUACUUAUUGAUUGUAUUAUAUAUUAUACAUACGUUUAUAUAUCUUCUGAUUCAUACAAAUCCUUACAAUUUGAGUGCUAAUCAGAGCCACACGAAGACAAUGAGUGACUGAUAUUAUUACUGUUAUUAUUUGUGACGUUUAAUAAUAGUAGGAAUAAUCAUAUCUAUGGAUCAAUUUGUGGUUCAAAAUGAAAUCUGUAUUAAAGCCCCGGAUAUCUAAUCAGAUCUUAAUUGUUUGAAAGACAGCAUAAGAUGUAUGGAGUUAUCGAAUGAAUGCGAUAAUUGUUCUCAAAAUAUAAUUGAUUACAAAAUUAUAUUAAUGUCUCAAAGUUUUACAAUUCAUACGAUCUGGUCAUUUAUGUCAUUCAUUAUUGAUUAUUGAUUCUCUACUCCAAUCCCAUACCAAUCAUAGAUUAUAUUGAAAAUUGUUAUCAAAUCAUAAGUUUAACGUUUAAUAAUCGG